CUGUAUCAGUUUUUAAUAGAGCGAGAGAGAGAGAGAGAGAGAUAGGGGGAGAGAGAAAUCUUUAAUUGCUCACAUGCCAGUAGAAACGCCUGCUCUCUGUAAUAUGCCAAUCUGUGAAAAAAACCAAAAAUUUGGUCUGCAAAAUACACAUCUUGCUGUCUUGGUUUUCAUGUUCACUGUUGCAGAACCCACUGUUUGUUUUGCUUUGAUUCAUCUAAUGUCACCAAACCCUCUUGUUGGGUUUGGGAUUUCCUAGCAACUCUCUUCAUUGCUUGCCUCUCAAUAUUUAUCACCUUUAAUCUGACCUCUCCUCUCCUUUUCUUGAUUGCUUCAAAGUAAUCAGCUUUUCAUUAAGUUAUUCAGGAAAUAAUUGAAUUUGGGAUUUGUUAAAAAUUCUUGGUUUGAUUCAUAUCAUUAGUAUGAUUUGAGGUGGAUUUAGUGGAUUGGGUUCGUAUGGGAUGGGUAUGGGGAUGCUGCAAGUGCUUUCCUUGUUGCUGAAAAUCUGUGCCAUUGCUUUUUCUUGGCUACUUUUGGCUUCUCCAGGUUACAGUUUAUCCCCCGCUUCAUCUGCAAUUCCUCCUAUCUCGAAUGGAACAGCUUCUGCAAACACGGCACCUACUCCAACAUCGUGGCCCAAUGGAAAAGAUUUGAAUGCUCCAACUGUCCUACCAAAUGCUCCUACAAUAGUCCCAUCAAAUGAUUUGAGUCCUCUACCACUGAUUCGUCAAGACACUAUCUCAUCUCCUCCUCCGAUAAAUGAAGGUCAUGUCGAAAUCUCGCCACUUAGUGGUCCUCAGAGGAAGCCUUCAAGCAUUGAACCUCCUGCCUUGGCACCGGAAUCUCCAGUAAAAGAUGAAUCGCCUUUAAGGAAAUCGCCACCAAAUCCACCAGCCAUGCAACCGGUUGUAACAGGAUCUGUGCCACCAAGCCCCCCUGGAAGUGGAACACCAGACACCCCUCUCCCCGUACCAAUUGCUCCAGCACCGUUUGAGCCGCCUCUAAGGAAGUUGCCAGAAAAUCCACCAACUAUGCCACCAAGACCUCAUCAAAACGGACCGCCAGACACUGCCCUUCCUAUGCCAAUCCCUCCCGCACCAAUUGAGCCACCUUUAAAGAAAUCCCCAGAAAUUCCACCAAUUAGGCAACCGGUAGUGCCAGGAUCCUCACCACCAGCUCCUCAUGAGAAUGGACCGCCAGACACCCCCAUACCUGUGCCAAUUUCUCCAGCAACUGCUGAGCCACCUUUAAGGGAAUUACCACAAAAUCCACCAGCUAGGCAACCAGUUGUGACAGGAUCCGUGCCACCAAGUCCUCAUGGAAACAUUCCCCCUCCCGUGUCAAUUGCUCCAGUACCUGAUGGGGCACCUUUAAGGAAACCUCCACAAAAUCCACCAGCUAUGCAACCAGUUGUGAUAGGGUCCAGACCACCAAGUCCUCAUGAGAAUGGACCAGCAGACACUCCCCUCCCUUUGCCAAUUGCUCCAGUCCCAAGUGCUACUGAACACAGAAAUCCAAAAAAUACGCCAUCUAAUCACUCAGCAAAGCCUGCAGUAUCACCAUCUACUCCAGCUGUGCCAAUGGCAUCACCCCCAAGCAAAUUGCCAGAGCACACUUCUCCCAUCUAUCAAAGACCUCCCAAAGAACCUCCAUCUAGGUCACCUGUUACGCAUGAUAUAUCUCCUGUAUCAACUCCUCUACCGAGCAUCAACAGGGAAAGAGUAGCCACGCCUGUAGCCGCUGCUCCUAACAGAAUGACCAAUCAUGAUUUCAGUGUACAUACAUCCCCAGCACAAGCUCCAUCUACACACAAAACCACGAGGCACUCUAGUAAUGCUGCUUCUCCUCGUCAUUCUCCCAACUUUCCUCCUGAGAAAGGCUCUCACGCUCCCUCAUACCCACCAUCCGCAUUACCUAUGCGGCACCAUUUUGUAAAGGGGAAUAUAACCGUUGCUCCAUUAUCACAUGCAAUUCCUCCUGCUUCAACUACACAAGGUCCUUCAUUUGCUCCAGUGCCUUCAUUUCACUCAAAAUCAGAUCCAAAGUCUACCCAUAGACAGCAUGCUCAAUCACCAUUAAGUUCUGCGCCUUUCCCUUCCGAUAAAAUUUCCCCUACUGGGUCUUCAGCAAGGAAUCCGAAGAAGCUGUUCCCACCACCAUUCCAUGCCCUACCGCCCCCACCUCCUAAUGAAGAUUGCUCAUCAUUAAAAUGCACGGAACCAUUGGCUAGUCCACCUCCUAAAUCUCCUUGUUAUUGUGUCCUGCCGAUUCGAAUUGGGCUAAGGCUUAGCGUAGCACUGUACACUUUCUUCCCUUUAGUUUCGGAGUUGGCUAAUGAAAUUGCUGCUGGGGUAUUUAUGGAUACGAGUCAAGUUCGCAUCAUGGGAGCAAAUGCAGGCAGCCAAUAUCCAGAAAAGACAAUUGUCCUUAUUGAUUUGGUACCCCUUGGAGGUCACUUUGAUAAUACCAAAGCUUUCGUGACAUUUCAGAGAUUCUGGCAUAAAGAUGUGGUUAUAAAAUCUUCAUAUUUUGGUGAUUAUGAUGUAUUAUAUGUUCAGUAUCCAGGUCUUCCUCCUUCUCCACCUUCUGCACAUUCAAGUGCUGGCAUUAUUGGUAGUGACCCUUACUCUGGAGAUAAUGGGAGGACUAUACAGCCUCUUGGAGUUGACGUGACUCGAAAAAAACACGGAGAUGGGCCUAAUCGAAGUGUUGUUGCAGUGAUAGUAUUGUCAGCCUCUGUUGCAGUUAUAUUGUGCUGUGCCGUUGCAUGGGUUCUACUGUUCAAACAUAGAGACAGGGCAUGCCAAUCAGGGCCUACCCCGCCAACUGCAAUGCCUUCCCUUGCAAAAUCACCAGCCUCUAUUAUUGGCAGUGUCCCCAACUCUCCGUCCUUAUCCUUUAGUUCUAGCUUUGCGGCUUAUACUGGUUCAGCAAAAACAUUUAGUUCAACCGACAUAGAGAGAGCAACUAAUAACUUCAACGAAACGAGAAUCCUUGGUGAAGGUGGCUUUGGGCGUGUUUACAGUGGCGUGGUUGAUGAUGGGACAGAAGUUGCUGUGAAAAUUCUUAAGAGGGACGACCAUCAGGGCGGUCGUGAGUUCUUGGCUGAAGUUGAGAUGCUUAGCCGCCUGCAUCAUAGAAACUUGGUUAAGUUGAUAGGAAUCUGUCUAGAGGAGCGUUCCCGCUGCUUAGUUUAUGAACUCAUUCCAAAUGGCAGCGUCGAAUCUCACCUCCAUGGAGUUGACAAAGAAACUGCUCCACUUGAUUGGAAUGCUCGGGUGAAGAUAGCACUCGGUGCUGCUCGAGGGUUGGCAUAUUUGCACGAAGAUUCCAGCCCUCGUGUCAUACACCGGGACUUCAAGUCUAGCAACAUCCUACUAGAACAUGAUUUUACUCCAAAAGUAUCGGAUUUCGGUCUGGCUCGAACUGCAUUUGAUGAAGAAAACAGGCACAUUUCGACUCGUGUUAUGGGAACCUUCGGGUAUGUAGCCCCCGAGUAUGCAAUGACUGGACAUCUUUUAGUGAAGAGCGAUGUAUACAGCUACGGCGUUGUCCUUCUUGAGCUCCUAACCGGGAGAAAGCCAGUGGACAUGUCACUCCCGCCUGGUCAAGAGAAUUUAGUUUCUUGGGCACGACCAUUCCUCACGACUAAGGAAGGUCUAGAAUUCAUUGUAGACCCGUCUUUGGGCCCUGAUUUCCCCGUGGAUAGCAUCACGAAAGUGGCUGCUAUCGCUUCAAUGUGCGUCCAACCCGAGGUAUCUCACCGACCAUUCAUGGGGGAGGUUGUUCAGGCCUUGAAACUAGUCUGCAACGAAUGUGACGAAACCAAAGACUUGGAGUCUCAGAGCUGUAACCAAGAAGAUAUGUUGUCGUCGAGUGACAUGGAUGCAAGGUUUAGUACAGCUUCAGGCCACACGAUGGAUCCUUUACACGCCCACUCCCCUCGCUCCAACACUGACUGUGAGCUUGAUCUUGAGCGGGGACACUCAAUGUCGGAUUUGUUAAGCUCGUCGAUGAGAUAUGGAAUGCGCUGCGAGUCUGGCUCCCUCGGGAUUCACUCGAGGUCGGGCACUCUGAGAACGGGAAAGGCCAGAAGACUAUGGCGCAAAAUGACACAAUUGUCUGGUGGCAGCGUGAGUGAACACGGGGUUCUAUUCAGGCUAUGGCCUGGAUCUAACUGAUAAAGUUUUCGACAGAAUUGGAACUUUCUUUCUUGAUUUAAAAAAAAAAAAAAAGUGUUUUUGAACUGCCAUGCCAGCGCCCGUUAGGCCGUUAUGCAGUGAGACGGGCAACUGAAAUCGAGAUUCGGGUGUAUAGGGAGGAUUGGAAGAAGCUUGCGGUUGCAGAAGAUGAGAUUUGGAAGGCAAUCUGUAAAUGAAGUGAGUGAGAAUGGGAGCCUUUUUGUAAAUUAACAGAAUAUAGUAGUUUUGAGUUGAUCAGCAAAUUGUUGCAUUUUGUGUUCCACUUCAGAUUUUCCUAUAGAGGUGCCAUUCCAGUGAGCCUUGUUGCUCUGUAUAUGUACAUUUUUAUUAUCACUUCUUACAUUUGUGUAUACAACAAAAGUGUACAUUGGAAAAACUGUUCGAAUGGAAUUCUUUGCCCCGCCA